GAGGCUUUACGGUGAUAUGGCAAAAUACGAUUGGUUGAAGAAUGAAGUCGUGGGUAGACAGGCCAACAUCGAUCCCUGCUGCGUCUUAACAUUUCUCUUUCACACUCUUCCUCAAGGCUCUAGGUCUAGGGUUUAGAAAUUCUCAGAGAUCGAUAUCUUUUACUGAUUUUACGACUCAAUUUUAGAAAAUUUUGGGGAGAAAAAAUAAGUAAACAAAUAAGCGAAAAAAAUGGAAUCUUCGGAUCGCACAGCUCUGGAGAACCGUCCCGGCAUCUUCAUGAUCGGAUCCUCCAACGUGGGCAAACGCACUCUUCUGUCCCGAUUACUAUCAGUGGAUUUUGAAGAUGCUUCUGAUUCAUCGUCUGAAGUACUUGCCCAUGGGUGGACUAUCAAUACAAAGUACUACACAGCUGAUGUUUCUGUAUGGAUGGUUCAUCUUCAUGACGAAUUCUCCGUCAGGACCCUCCCAAUUUAUAGCCGCCUGGCUGCCUUAGUGAUGGUCUUUGACAUGAGUGAUUUAUCAUCUCUCGUUGCACUUCAGGAUUGGGUAUCUCGAACUGAUAUGCAGAAGUUUGAGAUAUUAUUAUGCAUUGGAAACAAAGUGGAUCUCAUUCCAGGUCAUCCAGUUCAUGCUGAGUACAGAAGACGCCUACUGAAACUUGAAGAUUCUUAUGCUGAUCCUCAUUCAGAGUUCUAUGAGUUUGGGAUUUCUGAAACUGAAGGAAGUAGUCUUUUGGCUGGUGAGGAUCCUGCUGUGGAAAUCAAGAGAUCAUGUCUUGAAUGGUGCACUGAGCACAACAUUGAGUACAUUGAAGCCUGUGCCUCCAAUGCUGAUUUUGACAAAUGUUUAUCAGCUGAUGGUGAUUUGCAAGGAGUUGAACGUCUCUUUGGUGCUCUUUCUGCGUAUAUGUGGCCUGGAAUGAUCCUAAAAUCUGGCAAUAACAUAACUCAGCCAGCGUUACCUAAUAAAGAAGACUUAUCUGAAGAAGAAUCUGAUUAUGAAGUCGAGUAUGAAGUGCUGUCUGCUGGUUCAGCCGAACCAUGGGAUGACACACAUGGGGGAUGGGUUUCUGCAAAUGGUACUAGUUCCGUAUCAGAUAAAAAGGGAUCAGUUGAUCUCAAUAAUCAUAUUACAGAACAUGACCAAGAGAAUUGGAAAAAGUUUGACAAUGAAGAGCUACAGCCCUCAACAUCGAUGGUAGCAUUGCAGGAUGACAAGGAAGUGGUGCCCAAAGUAGCAGAUCCUAACAAAGACACAGAAACAAAUGAGGUUACACCUUUUGACUUCGAGGAUUUAGAGCAGUUGAUGUCUGAGAUUGGAAAUAUGCGUGACAACAUGAGGUUUAUGCCUGAUUUCCAAAGGAGAGAAAUGGCUGCCGAACUGGCCAUGAAAAUGGCUGCCAUGUUUGGUGGUGGCACUGACGAUGAAGAGGAGUUUGAUUAAACAAAUGGAAAUCUUUGGAGUAAUUAGUUUGAUCUCAUAAACUUGACUACCCAUUAUCAACAGUUUUUUAUGGUAAUGAUCAGUUCAAUCUUCGGCCAGGGUAAAAGAGAUGACAUGCUUUUGGAAAUUGUAUGAUUGCAUUGCUCUUUUGUUUAGUUUUAGUACGAGUGGCGGAUGAGGAAUGAGCGCACGUUUUUUGUAUAAAGCUCUGCAGAACUACUUGAUUUCUGGUAUACUGGGGAUUUACAUUUGCAUAUAUCAUACCUAGAGUAGGCAGGAUUAUAUUAGAGACUGUACUGUAGUCUGACAGUUGCUCUUUUUAAUUGAAACGAGCGCUUGGCACACAAA